UAGCAUAUGAGAGUUGUCCCUGAAUGACGUACAGCUGUUUAGUAUCAACUUGUGUUUGGGGUGAAUGGUGUGACACUUGGAUUUGCUUUUUGUUUAUAUUUGGACAUUCAUAAAUAAUUUUAGGGUAUAAAGAUGGACUGGAGGUAGAUCCGGGCAGCCUCGGGCUCCCGGACAGUCCCCAUGACGAUGAAUAAAGGUUGGCUGGAGCUCGAAAGUGAUCCAGGGCUUUUCACUCUUCUUGUUGAAGACUUUGGUGUGAAGGGGGUCCAGGUUGAGGAGAUCUACGACCUGCAGAGCCGAUGCCAGGGCAGUCCCGUGUAUGGCUUUAUUUUCCUGUUUAAAUGGAUAGAAGAACGUCGUUCUCGCAGAAAGGUGUCGACUCUGGUAGAUGAAACAUCCGUCAUUGAUGAGGAGGUUGUCAAUAACAUGUUCUUUGCUCAUCAGCUGAUUCCGAACUCCUGUGCCACGCACGCUUUGCUUAGUGUUCUUUUGAAUUGUAAUGACAUUGAGUUGGGUGUCACAUUGAGCCGCAUGAAGGAGUUCACCAAAGGAUUCAGCCCUGAGAGCAAAGGAUAUGCUAUUGGCAAUGCCCCAGAACUGGCGAAAGCACACAACAGCCAUGCAAGGCCUGAACCCCGUCACCUUCCAGAGAAGCAGAAUGGCAUCAGUGCAGUGAGGACAAUGGAGGCCUUUCAUUUUGUCAGUUACGUUCCUAUCAAGGGCAGGCUGUUUGAGCUUGAUGGUUUGAAAGCCUUCCCAAUUGAUCACGGGCCAUGGGCAGAAGAUGAAGAGUGGACAGACAAAGCUCGUAGAGUCAUAAUGGAGCGGAUAGGACUAGCAACUGCAGGUGAACCAUAUCAUGAUAUCAGAUUUAACCUAAUGGCGGUGGUACCUGAUCGCAGAAUUAAGUACGAGUCAAAACUGCAGAUCCUGAAAAUGAAUCGACAGACUGUGCUUGAAGGUUUGCAGCAGGUAAUUCGAAUGACCCAACCAGAACUGGUCCAAACACAGAAAACCCAAGAGUCCACACCUGAGGAAUCCAAGCAGAUCAACAAAGCCAGUACUGAAACAGAGAACAGUAAGCCACCAUCCACACCAGAACCAAACCCUGCAGAUUGCAUAGAUCCAGUUACCCAAAGUAAGUCUGCAGAGAUGCCAAGUCCAUCUGCCAAGCCGAAGACCCCUCCAAAGCCCCCUGCCUGCAGUCUGAAUGGCACACCGCUGAACCCUGAUCAUGAUCGUGUCACGUUUCUUGAACAGCAUAACUAUGCAAAGUCUCCAAUGCAGGAAGAAGAAGAUAAAGCAGCAGGAGUUGGCCGACCUCCACGUAGUCUUCCUCAGCAGCCUUAUUCAGACGAUGAAGAUGAUUAUGAUGAGGAUGAAGAAGAUGACUGCAGCAACACCAAUACUGUUUUAACAUACAAAGCGAAGACCCAGGAAAAGCAGGUGUCCAUGUCAAGAAACACAGAGGGACAACUUUCCGUUCUCCAACCAAACACCAUAAAUGUGCUUGCAGAAAAGUUGAAGGAAUCCCAAAAGGAUCUGUCUCUCCCACUGUCCAUUAAGACCACCAGUGUCCUCAGCAUGCAUUCCCAACUAUCUCCUACACCCAGCAAUGAGAGCACAGACACUGCCUCAGAAAUUGGAAGUGCCUUCAACUCACCCUUGCGUUCGCCAAUCCGCUCUGCUAAUCCAACCCGCCCCUCAAGCCCUGUCACAUGUCACAUUUCAAAAAUGUUGUUUGGGGGAGAGGAGGAUGGCGUUUUACGUGUAGACUGUAUGCGUUACAAUCGCGCAGUAAGGGACUUGGGGCCUGCCAUCAGUUCUGGACUAUUGCAUCUUUCUGAAGAUGGAAGCCUGCAUGCCCUUGCAGUAGCAGACCCAAUUACUAGUAUUGCCAAAGGCUCUACUGCCAAAUCAAAUGAGGCUACUCCUUGUGCCAAGGUAGAGGAUAACAGGAAAUCACUGGACAUGUCAGAAAGCCGUGAGAAAGCAACAAUCAGCAUAAGCAGUGAACAUGCUGUUGGUGAAAAGUAUUCCCCUAAAGAACUCUUGGCUUUAUUGAAAUGUGUUGAAGCUGAGAUAGCCAAUUAUGAGGCUUGCCUCAAAGAAGAAGUUGAGAAAAGGAAGAAGUAUAAGAUUGAUGACCAGAGAAGGACACACAAUUAUGAUGAAUUCAUCUGUACAUUUAUUUCCAUGCUGGCUCAAGAAGGGAUGUUAGCCAACCUCGUAGAACAGAAUAUUUCUGUGCGAAGACGGCAGGGGGUCAGCAUUGGUCGACUUCAUAAACAAAGGAAGCCAGAUCGUAGGAAACGUUCCAGACCAUACAAAGCCAAGCGACAGUAAUCUUGUACUUGUCACUUGUAGAAGGAAAAUGUUACUGUGGUUAAGACUGCAAAGCACAGCCCAAUGAAGGCACAACAGAGUAGAUGAAAGGAGGUCUGAGCCUUUGAAUGUAAAUGCAUCUCCUUCAAGAAGAGAGCUAUAAAUGCUGUUGUGCAGAUAUGGAUGUGAUGGAACUCAAGACGUUAUCUGUUAUGAGACGGAAAUGUGGAGCAUUGUUUAUUUUUCACUACAGGAAAAAGAUAAAUGUGGAGAGAUGCAAAUGUGCUACAGUCUAGGGCAGUUACUGGCCAUUUAUAUGGGGUGGUGGCUUGAUUCCUGAGAUCAUGGCCUUUGGCUGCCCCUUUUUGAGACCAAGACAUCUGUGUCAGUGUUUACCAGCUCAGUCUUCUUCCAGCCGUGACAGAACCUGAGCAUUUUUUACACAGGCUUGGUAGUCCUUCUUGGACAACUGCUUUACCUAUGCAUGUUCAUUUUUUGUACACCUUGUUCAUGGUUAAGGAGUGUGGAGUUGCAUUACAUUGCUUAAUGUCAUGGUUCGUUUUGAUACCAUGUAGAAUUUAUUUCCCAGGGUCCAACUGUAUCAUUCCUGUGGUGCCCAACAGCAUUAACAUCAUGACGAUUUUACCCCAUGGAGCUGGGCUGCCUACCUACACCUUCUGGUUCAGUAAUCUCCCUUGAGAAAGACUGUGCAAACCUUGUAAGAAUGCAAGCAGAACAAUAAACUAAGGUGUACCAGCUGGACCAUGUUACUUGAAAGCAGUCCGCUAUUUCUUGGAACUUUGGUUUAUUGAACAAUUCAAGUUUGAAGACUGAAAGCAGUAUUCCAUGUACUCAGCAGUUUAGAUUUUGUUGUAUAUUUUUUCAGUAAUUUGUAAAUAUUUCUUUAAAUACAGAAUGCGUUAGUUUCGUUAUCCGUGUACAUUUUGAGAAUGUGGACAUUGCACUGCUCGGCACUUCAUCUGCUGCAGGACCUCUUUGGGGUAACAGGGAUAAUAAAGGUAUCUGAACUGACA